CAAAGAAAGACAUAAUUUCAAAGACAGCUAGAUAUAUAGGUGGAUUGGGUAUGACAAAAUUGGUAUAGCAUGCUUACCCGCACGUGCCAUAUACCUUUGCUUAAUUUCUUUUGACACCUAAAAACCCAAAGCAUCGUGUUAUUAUACAGAAAGCGGCGAUUGCAAAGCUCGUCUAGGGUUUUAGGUUGAGGUAAAGAGGAGGAGAAACCAUGUUUCCAGGAAUGUUCAUGCGCAAGCCAGACAAGGCGGCCGCAUUGAAGCAGCUAAAAACCCACGUGGCCAUGUUUGGUGCAUGGGUCGCCGUGGUUCGAGUCACUCCCUACAUUCUUCACUACUUCGCCGGUGAAACUGAUGAGCUCAAGCUCGAAUUUUAGAUCUCUCUU